GUAUGGUUUCAGAUCAGGAGUGAAGAAAUCUAACCAGGUUUGAGGCAAGGCAAUGCCAAAUAGCUAGAAAGUGUUCUAAAACGUUGAAUAGCCUAUUUUCAACAUGGUACUUUUCGACGGAAAGGUCAAGCUAAAAGUGAUCGAAGCCGAGGGGCUGAAACCAACCGAGUUCUCGACUCGUUUUCCGAAUCUUAGUAUAUCCAGAAAACCACAACAAUACCUAGAUCCAUUUGUUAGCAUCAACAUUGACGAGCAAUAUGUUGGAAGGACGACAACUAGAACUAAAACAGACGCACCCCUCUGGGAAGAGGAGUUCGCUAUAGAUGUUACAUCCGGUGAGAACUUCGGUUUCACAAUAUUCCACGACACAGCGCUGCCGCCGGACGAGUUCGUCGCAAACACAACGGUUCUGUUCGAUGAGAUAGUAGAAGUCUCUCUAGAUACAAAUAGCUGCCAAACUUCGGAUAUAUGGCUGGAUUUGGAACCUAGCGGACGCUUACGAGUUUUAUUUGAACUAAUCGGAACAUUCACAAAAGAGCCGACUGCCAACAAUGAGCGCGUAUUUCAAGCAAGAGAAGACGCAAUUAAAAUGCGCAGAGGCGCCAUGCGAAGGAAAAUCCACCAGGUGUCCGGGCACAAAUUCAUGGCCACCUACUUGAAGCAGCCGACGUUCUGCUCUCUAUGCUCGUGCUUCAUCUGGGGUGUGGUGAACAAGCAGGGAUACCAGUGCCAAGUGUGCACCGUGGUAGUGCACAAGAAGUGUCAUCAGAAAAUUCUCACCAGGUGUCCCGGAUGCCCGAAGGCCGACGAAGAACCCGAGGAGGAAGGGCCUGGUAUUGGGAGGUUCAAAAUCAAUAUGCCGCACAAGUUUGAGCCGCACACGUACAAGAGGUUCCAUUUCUGCGAUCACUGCGGAUCUUUGUUGUACGGCCUGGUGAAGCAGGGUCUGCAGUGUACACUAUGCAACAUGAAUGUGCACAAGAGGUGUGCGAAAAAUGUGGCGCCCAACUGUGGCAUAGACAGAAACAAGCUGGCAGAAAUGCUGGCUAUAAUAGGGUACGACCCCUCCAGUAUCCAGACUGCUAGCAAGAAGAGCAAGCGUCAUCUACCAGGCACUCCUCUAGGGCAGCCGUCUUCGCUGCAACAGGGAUCAGACAGUGGAUCUAACUUGAAUGUGGUUGGCACCGGGGGCAAGAACAGCAGUGCCUCCGCUACACUCGGUCCUUCCUCUGCCUCGGGAGGAGGCAGCGGGGGUGAAGUGACGUCACGAGCGCAGUCGGAGCCCAUCCUGCCGGCAUUGUUGGUUGCUGGUGCUAUCUCUGGUCACCAUCCCUCGACUGGACACCACCACCCCAAUGCAGCUAUUACUCCUGGCAGCCCAGCCGUGGGUGAUGCGGCGCAUGGCUCAGUGGUCACUUCGAAGUCGGCUCAGAACACGCCCACCGUUGUCACUACUCCCGGCACACCCUCUAGCACUCUGCAGCCACAGGUUUUCACAGGCUUUGGGGAAAAACAGGUGGUUACGAGGAAAACUGUCUCCUGUGCCCAGGACUACGAGGCACCAAUCGGAGAAGGAGAUGAGAGUGGCAGGUCAUUUGGUUCCUUCGGCAGGCAGAAGUUCUCCUGUGGCGAUUUCACUUUCAUCAAAGUCCUCGGAAAGGGCUCUUUCGGAAAAGUGCUUCUGGCGGAGCUGAAGAUCAAUCCAGAGGAGGUGUUUGCAGUGAAGGUUCUGAAGAAGGAGUCCAUUGUGGCGGACGAUGACGUGGAGUGCACGAUGACGGAAAAGAGGGUGCUGGUGCUAGCCAGUCAGCAUCCCUUCUUGACUGGGCUACACUCCUGUUUCCAGACUCCCGACAGACUCUUCUUCGUCAUGGAGUACGUCAACGGCGGAGAUCUCAUGUUCCACAUCCAGAGGGCCAGAAAAUUCGAUGAGCCGCGUGCCAAAUUCUACGCUGCAGAGGUCACACUGGCACUCAUGUUUUUGCACAGCCAUGGAGUGAUCUACAGAGACCUGAAGUUGGAUAACAUUUUGCUGGACAGUGGAGGACACUGCAAGCUGGCCGAUUUUGGAAUGUGUAAAGAGGGAGUGAAAGACGGAAGACUCACCAGCACGUUUUGCGGUACACCCGACUACAUAGCUCCAGAGAUCCUGCAAGAACUGGACUACGGAGCUUCAGUUGAUUGGUGGGCAUUAGGUGUGCUGAUGUAUGAGAUGAUGGCGGGCCAGCCGCCGUUUGAAGCUGACAACGAGGACGACCUGUUCGAGUCCAUUCUUCACGACGACGUGCUCUACCCCGUGUGGCUGUCCAAGGAAGCGGUGAGCAUCCUUAAACAGCUCAUGACCAAAAACCCCGGAAAAAGACUGGGCUGUGUGGCCACACAAGGCGGAGAGAACGCCAUCAAAGCGCAUCCCUUCUUCAGAGACAUCAACUGGGAAGACCUGUUGCGCAGAGCAGUGCGACCACCGUUCAAACCGAAGCUGAAGACAAAGCGAGACGUCACCAAUUUUGACCAGGACUUCACUCGGGAAGAGCCGACGCUCUCGCCCGUGGAGCACAAAGUAGUUGAGAGCAUCAACCAAGACGAGUUCUGCGGCUUCUCAUACACAAAUCCGAACGCAUUUAUUUGACAUGCAGCAAAGUAGACACCCGAACCAGAUAGCAACAACAGCAGCAGCAGACAGAUUGCGUGGAGGAGGUGCUGUCUGAUUUUGUAUCGUAUAUCUUUCUGUUUAUAUCUAGUCUUGGUAAUACUUGGAUUUGAGCUAUUCUUUUCUGCAAAACAAACUUAUUUGUAACACUGCCCGAUCAUUAGCUGGAGUCUGAGAGUCAGACUAGUAACCUCCCAUAGUGUUCUUCGAAAUCAAUUUUGGGAUUCCAUCCUCAUUAAACGCCACGCCACAACACUGAAAAAGUCCAGAGAGGAUUCUACGUUCUCUGAAGCUGAGCAAAAGAUGGUCAUGAAGUGUGAUGGUCUUCUCUCUAUCUCUCCUCUCAUGAAUAAAUUUAUGGAGUGUUUUGUUGAUCAAAUUGUAGAAGGGAAGCAACACUUGAGUCUAUUGCCAGCAUGAAUCCCCAUUUGUCAUCAGACGGAAACUCAAUUCGCAAAUGAAAUUAAAAAUGAAAUAUAGCUCGAUAAAACUUUGUUUGAAAAUUAGAAAUUAAUUUAUUAAAUUGUGGUUUCUAUAGUAUAACUAUAGCAAACAUUUUUCAUCAAUUGCAUGCGCGGAGCAUUUGAUGCUCCUGCAAAUUCGAGUAUUAAUACUAAAUCUUAAGCCACUCUAGUUAACUACAAUAUCCUCCUCUUUGUAAAAUUGAAAUUCUUUUUUAAAUCAAACUCUUAUUUUAAAUUAAUUCAAAUUAGAGAAAAAAUAUCAAAUGCAAUUUUAUAGUCUGCUCAACCUACCAAGUUCGUCAAUGCGGUAAUUUAUAGUGCAAUAAUCAUUUUAUAAUUAACACAAGCGAAGCAAAUUAAGUGUUUAUGGGAUCAUUUUUAGUAAGAUUUCGCCCUUUUGCUUCUACGAAGAUUUUAAGCUAUGAUAUCUGAUUUUAUUGUACGUUUUUGUUCGCUUGUGUAUGUAAGAAGUCCAGUUGAGCCCCUGUGAUAAUUUAGUUCUCGAAGAUUCUUCUGCAAAUUUCCGUUGAGCUGCUGCUUGGCUGUCCUGAUUAUGUAACUUCAGUUCAAUCAUACAAUAUAAUUUGUUACCUCAUGCGCCUA